AUGUCUAGCUUCACUAUGGAACUCCCCGUCGUUUCGACCGCCGUUCUGGCCCCAGCUCCAUCCGAGUCUGUGGCGUAUCUUGAGCGUGUCUUACGUGUUCCUUUUCUCAAGGCGGCGUUUGGCGGGGCAAUCGGCUACUCCUCGGUAGACUAUGCUUACAACCCUAUUGACGUCAUUCCUCGCUUAGAUCAAGGCGUCUUAUCUUUCGAGCUGCAGGAAGCGCGUGCACAAACUCAGUGGAAUACGCUCAAACAUUUGUGCACUAUCAUUACCUGUGCAGCGAACGAUCACAACCCAUUCGAGCUUAGUCAAGCCAACAAUAUCCCACUCACGGUACCAGCAGGGAAGUUUGAAUCUAUUCAGAUGGACCCACUUUUGUUGCCGCAGUUCUUGAUUCAGACCAAGGUUAAUCCUUUGCUCCGUCGCUUCGCUUCUCGAGAGGAAGUCGCACACGAGGUCCAAAUCGUCAACGACACCAUCAAAGCGUACAUUGAAUGGAUCGCCAUGGCUAUGCAAACUUCGUUGGCCCAAGGUGUUGACAGUCAUUGGAACUGGGGCGCGUAUUUUGGACUCACGUGGGGUGCGUUCAUGGAAUACGUUUCGGGAAUUCAUGACGUUCGCUCGGUCAAAGCAUCCAUCCCUCCUCCAUCCGUUAUUUUCGAUAUAGGUUCCAUCGAAAGGACACCUUACCUCGUCAACAACGAUCACGACGUCGGAGAGCAAGAGACAUGCACGGAGUUGCGCCUUCAUCCGCAAGUGUCGACGGCUGCAAAGAAGAAUCAGUUCCUCGAAGGUCGCGUGCUCGCCGCCAUAAGAAGCACUGGACCGCUGGAGGGCUUUGACGAGAACGAGGUGUUUAUUAUUCGCGCGGUAGGAAAAGAUUUACUCGGCAUUGAAUUAUAA